AUGGCCAACUUUGAUUCUACAGGCAAAUCUGUUAAUCAACCCCGUGGAGAACUUUCGAGCUGCUCCUAUUUGUCUGAAACUUAUGACUUAUUAGAGGCGCCAAUGCAGCCUCUUGAUAAAAAGCAGCAAACUCGACUUUGGCAGCAAAAUCAGUAUCUUGCGGAUUCUGGCAUACAAUCUGCAUUAACUACUCACACACCCAGUAUUAAUAGCAAGGGAAAUUUGGAUGAAAUUGAACCCGAAGAAAGCAUCCUGAGUCAGGCCUCCGGCCCUUAUGUUCCUGCUUGGUCAUCUAGUGGACCUAUGUCUGUCUAUCCAUCGGAGUCUUGCCUACUUUCCCCUGGCACUCCGAGUGCUAGCAGUAUCAUUGGGAUGGAUCACAACAGCGAAGUCACUGGUAUGCCCUGCUCCAGAUCCGAUGCAACAAUGGAUAUGAGGGGAAAUAAGAUAUCCGAUCUUGACACCGAUGAAGCUGAAAACGCAAUUCCUGAACUCGUGCGACUUAUCAAAGAUGAAGAUGACAAGUUUGUAAUCUAUCAGGCUUCUACAAUGGUGUUUCAUUUGAGCAAAUCAGAGGCUAUCGAUGCCUUAAUCCAGUCCAAGGAAAUGAUUUCGUGCAUCCUUUCGGCACUUGAUCCUACUGGUGAUCCAGAGACUGUCAGACUUCUGGCUGGUACACUCUACAAUAUGUCACAAACUCAAACUGGUCUCAAGGAAAUUUUUCUUGCUAAUUGCGUACCUUGCCUCGUGGGACUUCUUAACUCCCCUGUUGAGUCUGUCUUGUUUUACGCCAUAACAACUCUCCACAACCUUUUACUUCAUCAAGAAGGUGCCAAGGCAGUUGUGCGACAAAGUGGAUGCCUGCAGAAACUGACUUCUUUACUGCAAAAGAACAACAUCAAGUUCCUUACGAUUUGCACUGACUGCCUGCAGAUUCUUGCUUACAGCCAUCAGGAGAGCAAACUCCAGAUUCUUGCUGGAGGUGGUCCUACUGAGCUCAUCCGCAUUUUGAAUACCUACCAAUACGAGAAGUUACUCUGGACCACUGCACGCGUUCUAAAAGUUCUUAGUGUCUGUACUUCGAACAAACCAGUGAUAAUUGAAGCUGGUGGGAUGGAGGCUUUGGCAAAGCAUCUAAAUAAUACUAGCUCUCGUCUGGUGCUUAAUUGUCUGUGGACGCUUCGUAACCUCUCCGAUGCUGCCACCAAAUUGAACGACCUCCAGCCCAUCCUCCAGACUGUUGUUCAGCUCCUUGGCAGCAAUGAUCUGAACAUCGUCACUUGCGCUGCUGGAAUUCUCUCCAAUCUAACGUGUAAUAAUAGCGCUAACAAGCUAAUUGUUUAUAGGAGGGGAGGUCUGCGUGGCCUGCUGCACGCUUUGGGGCACUGUCAUGCAAAGGAGGAAAUCCUGGAGCCCAGUAUGUGUGCACUGCGCCAUCUAACAAGUCGACACGAAGAGGAAGAGAAGGCACGUAAUGAAUUCGUAACCCAGCUCGGUGGUCACAUUCCCGUUGCCCACGUUCUGCACGCCGCGACGGCGGGUGUAUGUCCUGAACUCGGUCUCGUCUGUCAGCCGCCGCACAAUCCUCUCACUUCGUGGACCCUUAUCAAGGCGGUGGUGGGUUUACUACGCAACCUCUCCAUGAAUGUCGAUAACCACCGACCUAUGCUCGAGGCCGGAAUUGUUGCUGGUCUUUCUGUCCUCCUCUACGCCACGCAGUACGAAAUCUCAAAGGUGAGUAUGGUUCCUCAUACUGCGUGUCCCUAUUAA